AUGGACUUCAGACACACCAGAAGUGGACAUCAGGCACACUGUAAAUGGACAUCAGACAAAUCGGAGCGAACAUCAGACACACCGGGAACAGACAUCAGGCACACCGUUAAUGGACAUCAGACACACCGGAAGUGGACUUCAAACACACGGGAAGCAGACAACAGACAUACCAGAAGGGGACUUCAGACACACCGGAAGGGGACAUCAGGCACACCAGAAGGGGACUUCAGACACACCGGAAGAGGACAUCAGGCACACCAGAAGUGGACUUCAGACACACCGGAAGCAGACAACAGACACACCAGAAGUGGACUUCAGACACACCGGAAGGGGACAUCAGGCACACUGGAAAUGGACAUCAGACACACCAGAAGUGGACAACAGACACACCAGAAGGGGAUAUCAGGCACACCGGAAGCGGACAUAAGGCACACCGUAAAUGGGCAUCAGAAACACCGGAAGUGGACUUCAGGCACACCGGAAGCGGAUAACAGACACACCGGAAGCGGACAUAAGGCACACCGGAAAUGGACAUCAGACACACCGGAAGUGGACUUCAGGAACACAAGAAGUGGACUUCAUACACACCGGAAGCGGACAACAGACACACCAGAAGUGGACUUAAGACACACCGGAAGCGACAUCAGGCACACCGGAAAUAAACAUCAGACACACCAGAAGAGGACAUCGGGCACACCGGAAAUGGACAUAGGGCACACUGGAAGUGGACUUCAGGUACACCUGAACUGCACAUCAGGCAAGAACUGA